AUGGCAAACUCAGACAGCCAUUUAGAAUACGUCACUUCACUGAGUACCCGUUUCAGUCGCUUUCCUAACUUUGCAGCUGACUCUGGACAGGAAAAUUACGAUGUCGUAGUUGCGAUCGACUUUGGAACAUCGUUCAGUGGAUUUGCUUUCUCGUUUAAUCACAAAGAUGGAAGUGACGAAAUUUACAUGAACAGAGAAUGGGGGAGCGCACAAGGUUAUUCUACCCUCAAGACACCGACCUGUUUACUGCUAAACCCAUACAAGAAAUUUGUCAAGUUCGGUUUUGAAGCUGCCGAGAAAUAUGCGGAACUGGAGGAUGCAAAGGACAAGAGCUUUUACUGCUUUGAUCGGUUUAAAAUGAUGCUGCAUGGUAGUGAGGUAAACAGUAAUAGAUUAUUUUCAAGUAAAGCGCCUUUCGAAAACUGUUCAUUGAAAAAUUAGUUGAAUUAGCUGAUUAACAUAUGCACUCAAUUUCUGAGGAGAGCUUAUGCCAGCCUUUCGUUGUGAAAAUUCAUCUAGAAGUAGGACUUGUUACCCAUACACCGUUAGACAUUUGAUUCACUGAUAAGCAGUCAAGUUGUAACGUUAUUGAUUCACCUAUCAAAGCUACCUUAUUCAAUAAGCUAUCAAGCUUAUUUUAAAGUAAUUCAAUUAACAAGUUUUGAUUUUACUUUUAAGGGAACAUUGAAUAGGAACAGUCUCCUGAAUGCUCGAAACGGGAAACCUAUGCGUGCCCUUGACAUCUUUUCGAAAGCUUUGGGUUUUCUGAAAGACAAGGCUCUGCAGAGAAUACAUCAUCAGAGCGGAGUGGAGUACAAAGCUAGAGAGGUGCGAUGGGUUGUCACUGUCCCCGCAAUAUGGAAGCAAUCAGCCAAGCAGUUCAUGCGAGAAGCAGCCUAUGAAGUAAGUUGAAGACAGUAUGCUACACCUUUAAACUAUUUACAGUCCUCCUUUUUACAUUUUACAGUUCUCCUUUUAACAUUUGCAAAAUUGUUGCGUAAAACUACAUAGUCUAAUAUGUGGAAACCAAGAAAACCAGGAAAAGGGUACCUUUCAGUCACAACUUCCACAAGCCCCGACUCCAAUUUAGAUCAGGAGCUCGCUGAACACGCAGUCAACGUUCUCAGAAACAUCUAAAAACUGGUACUUUACAAAAACAUUAAACUUAAUAAGUUUUUUAUUAUAAUUUUGGACACGUUCAGUAUAUAUUCAAUUUUUUUAAAGGCAGUUUCUCUGAAAGUAAAUAGGUUAACGAUUGGAGCUAUUCAAUCUCAAUAAAAAGUAAAACAUACGAUACCCCACUGUAAGUGAAACAAUAAAAACCGAAAAAGAAGUGUGCAAUUUUAAAAUUAUUUAAAGAUAAUUCUUAAAGAUCUAUGGAUUUCAAUUUUUGCAUCUAACUGUUGUUCUGUUGUAAGCUUUAAAUUUCCUAGUCGCGUCCAUGCUUCAGUAACUCAUAUGACCUCCUCGUUUUCAUGGGAAAUUUACGUAUCAUCAACAUAUGUGGCCGAUGAUAAUGACUCAGAGAAGUAUUAAUUAGAAAUUUGAGUAUUCAGUAUUCAGUGUUACUAGCUGAUACCAGUUUGAUAAACUAUCCAUGAACAACACAAUUGAUAUUUUAUUUGCAUCUGAAAACUUAAUCGUUGGUGCGGUAGAUUGUUACACCUGUAAAUGUCUUUGACAAAUCCGAUAUCUUUCUUUUCAUCUAUAGCUUGUUUCCAUCGUUCAGUUAAAUUGAGAAAGGGUACUAUAAUUUUUGUGUUAAGUAAACACGUCUGUGAUAAAUUUUCUCAAAGUAAGAUCUAAUCCUACCAUGCACCAGUCUCUCAACCGACAACAAUCUAACCCACUACCUCACUAACUUUUCCAACUAAAAAGAGAUUACUCCAUCUUGUGUUAAAAGAGGUUGGCUCCAACAAGUAUAAUCAACAAUUUUCUGUUCUACCGAGUUACUGUUGUAAUGCUUUGCAAGUCUUAUACAACACUAUUAGAACGACCAGUUUUUGUGGGAUACUACACAAAAACACCUGAUGUUAGAAUGGCUAAAUGCGAAUUUAAGGACAUAAAAUAAGACGCACAAUUUGACAAACAAUUCUUUUCAUGUCAGUAUUUCAAUUAUUAUAUUUAGUAAGAAAAUAUAAAUUGUUUCUACUGGAGUCGGUUUCAAAUCCGCCCAUAUACAAGCUCGACAACAAGCUAAUUGAUGAAGCAUAACAUAACACGCUUCAUAAUAAGCACAUAACAGGAAACAUGUUCACUUCUUCAAGCUUCCUCAACUAUUAUACCGAAGACUUUUUAACUCAACCCACGCCUCCUAUUCCCAAUAGGUAGCACUCCACUUACUCUCAGUAAUUACUAGUAUUUUGACUAUAACUUAACCAUUGCAUAUUAUAAGUUUUUGAGAUCUAGCUGGUAUACUCUCCUACUUUUUUGCACAGCUUUAAUUUCUCCCUUUGGCAUUGAGUAUGCUUACAUGAAAUAAAAGUUUGAAAGCAUGGUGUCGCAUGAAAUUUAAACAAAGAUAUCCCUCUUUCAGGCGGGCCUUUCUUCUUCGAUUGACUCCAGUCAAGUAAUUAUCGCCCUGGAACCAGAGGCUGCAGCAGUUUACUGCAGGCAACGCAAACUAAGGGAGUUUGUGGAAGGAAAAGGCGACGAAGUAGUAAAGGACACUCUAGUGCUCACAAAGACACAGUACCUAGUAAUUGACAACGGAGGUAAAAAUCUAUGUCUAACUAAUUUUUUUCGUGUACGAAAUACCUCAUUUAUCAGAAUUAUUUAAGCAAACGCGCUUACCUGCAAUUUUUUCUAACCUAAGAGCCUCAAUUCUCUCCAAACAAGCAUUGAUGUUUCUACGUUUGGCUUAACACAGGCAGCUGCCCUCGGCCAGCACGUUGUCGUUAAAAUAGAGCCUUAGAGGAAACUCCAAAUUAUCUGACAGGCUAAUAAAAUCGUUGGUAAAAAAAAACAUUUAUUUGUAAAAAUUUUGUGCUCUCUAGUAAGAUAUGGUAUCUCAGGUGCAAGACGUGCGUUACCUCUAAGUCGGUAAUGUAAUCGGGAACUUAAACGUCAAUGACCAGUCUUCACUUCUUUAAUACUCUGUCUCUCACCCUAAACUUCCCACAGAACUGCCAGUAAAUUUUUGAUGUAAUUUCCAGCAAGCCAACACUUACUGGAAACACUUGUAUCUUAAAACCUCUGUCUCAGUUCUCUGAAAAUAUCGUAGUCUCUCUCUAGUAUUAAUUUUAUCCUCAUCCACACCGUUUACGUUACUGUCGACGUCAUUAUCAUUAGUCACGAACAGUGAAAUAAAUUCAUGAAUUGGGAACAUUUCAGGAGGAACAAUGGAUGUAACUGCCCAUGAAAUUGAAGACGGUGACACCAUUAAUGAAAUCUUCCAUGCUACUGGUGGCGAUUUUGGAGGCACCAAAGUCGAUAAGGAAUUCCAAGACCAACUGGAUAAGAUAUUUGGGAAGAUGUUCAUGGAUGAAUUCCGCCGUGCUCAUCCGUCAGACUGGCUGGAGCUGAUGAAUGAUUUUGAGGUCAAGAAGCGGUCAGACCGCGUCAUGACAGGAGAAAUUACAAGGAUCAGACUUCCCGCCAACUUCAUCAACCUCUUGAGACAUGAAAGUGCAGCUAACUAUAAUGCAAUAAUUAAGAAACACUUGGGACAAGAUUACGAUGAUGAAGAAGUUAAAAUCUCGAAGGACUACCUCUGUCUUGGGCCAGGGACAAUGAAGCGUUUGUUUGAACCAGCCAUUGCGUCCAUUGUUGAUCAUCUGAAAGGUCUACUUAAGAAAAAGGAGCUGCGAGAAGUCAAGCUUUUGUUCCUCGUUGGUGGUUUCUCCGAGUCUCCACUACUACAAGCAAGAAUAAGAGAAGUGUUUAACAGAAAAUACAAAAUCCUCAUCCCAAAUGACGCCCAAACUGCAGUGGUGAAAGGCGCUGUAAUGUUCGGAAAGCGACCUGAUAUCGUGGUAGAGCGAUGUCUUUCCGAGACGUACGGUACAGACGUCUACCAGGACUUCAUUGCAGGUUACCACGACAUUAAAAAAUUUGUUCUGAUCGAGGGAGUACCGACGUGUAAGGACGUUUUCUCCAUCCUGGCCAAAGAAAAUGAAAAAGUAAAAAGAGGGCACUACAAGAAAACGUUCCGGUACAGUCCUGUCAGGCCAUCCCAAACAGCAAUCGGCUUCAGCUUUUUCACUUCCCGUUCACCAAACGUCCGUUACAUCACAGAUGUGGGAGUCAGAAAACUACCUGGCUACUUCUCAGUGGAAAGUCCCGAUACAUCAAAAGGCACAAACCGCAGCAUAGAGUUACGACUGUAUUUCGAGACAGAAUUGAAAGUGGUUGGCGUGGACCUCGAAACAGGAAACCAAGCGUCUACCUACAUUGACUUCCUGUCACAAGUGGUGUAAUAAGAGG